GUGGCUUCUCGUCUUGAUCUCCAUCGCGACUUCACCUCGGCAAGGCCAAGUCUGAGGAAGAGCUUCUUCUGUCGCUGCUGCCGCCAUGGACUUGCUCAACUUCCGCAACGGGGCUGUGAAGGGAAGAGAUGAAAAUGCAAGCACUGAACAAGCAAAAGCUCCUAAGAGUACAGGAGGAUGGAAAUGGGCAAGCUUUCUGCUAGUGAAUCAGGGCCUAGCAACUCUAGCUUUCUUUGGUGUUGGUGUGAACUUGGUUUUAUUUUUAACCAGAGUUCUUGGUCACGACAAUGCCACCGCUGCCAAUAGUGUGAGUAAGUGGACUGGAACUGUCUACUUGUGCUCGCUCAUCGGCGCCUUCCUCAGUGAUUCCUACUGGGGCCGCUACUUAACAUGCGCAGUCUUUCAGCUAAUAUUUGUGCUGGGAUUGACGCUUUUGUCCAUGACAUCUAGUGUCUACUUGAUCAAACCUGAGGGUUGUGGCAAUGAAGAUAUGAUGUGCAUGGCCCCUUCUUCAGCUGGUGUGGCCUUAUUCUACUUGUCGAUAUACCUGAUAGCCUUUGGAUAUGGCGGCUACCAACCCACUAUUGCCACCUUUGGAGCCGACCAAUUCGACGAGAAAAACCCAAAAGAGAUCAAAUCCAAACUGGCCUUUUUCUCCUAUUUUUACUUUGCCUUAAAUGCAGGAUCUCUGCUAUCCAAUACCAUUUUAGUCUGCUACGAGGAUUCUGGCCAAUGGACACUUGGAUUCCUUGUCUCUACCGCCUCUGCUGUUAUAGCUCUAGUACUUUUUUUUAUCGGCACUCGUGGAUAUCGGCAGGUCAAACCAUGUGGAAAUCCUUUACCACGCGUCGCUCAGGUCUUUCUUGCUGCAACUAGAAAAAUGAAUGUUCUUCCAACCAAAGAGGGGGACCUUUAUGAGUUAGAAGGAUCGGAAUCUGCAAUUAAAGGCAGUCGAAAGAUUCUUCACAGCUGUGAAUUUGCGUUCCUGGAUAAGGCAGCGACGAUAACAGAGGACGACUUGUGCCAUUCGAGGAAUCCGUGGAGACUCUGUACUGUAACUCAGGUUGAAGAAGCCAAAUGUGUUCUGAAGAUGCUGCCUGUUUGGUUAUGCACUAUAAUGUACUCUGUCGUGUUCACGCAAAUGGCUUCCCUCUUUGUUGAGCAAGGAGAUGUCAUGCGCUCCAAUUUCGGGAAAUUUCAUGUUCCUGCAGCCAGCAUGUCCGCCUUUGACAUUUGCAGCGUCCUUAUCUGCACUGGAAUCUAUCGCCGAAUCAUCGUGCCAUUAGCUGGAAGGCUAAGCAGUAACCCCCAAGGCCUAACCGAGCUCCAGAGGAUGGGUGUUGGGCUGAUAUUCGGGAUGUUAGCCAUGGUCGCCGCUGGUGCCACUGAGAUCCAGAGGCUUAAAUACGUCGAACCAGGAAAGAAGAGCAGCUCUCUCAGCAUAUUUUGGCAGACGCCACAGUACGUUCUGGUUGGCGUGUCUGAGGUUUUUAUGUAUGUGGGUCAGUUGGAGUUCUUCAAUGGACAAGCCCCGGAUGGCAUAAAAAGCUUUGGGAGUUCACUUUGCAUGGCUUCAAUCUCACUAGGGAAUUUCGUCAGCAGCUUGCUCGUUAUCAUGGUCACAGCAAUUACCACUAGAGGCAAUGAACAAGGAUGGAUCCCGCAGGACUUAAACAAGGGCCAUAUAGACCGGUUCUAUUUCCUUCUAGCGGUCCUUACAGCUUUUGAUUUCAUGAUCUAUCUGUUUUGUGCGAAGUGGUACAAGUGCAUUAAUCUCGAGGCCGAUAAUAAGACCGCUGUAAAGAUCGGACCAGAAGAGCAAGUGGUUGAUCAAGUGUAACAGGACUCGACUGACUGCUAUAGACCAUUUCUUGGUUGGGGUCUUGUCCCGAUUGGUAUUAGUAAGAAUAGGUGAAGGAAUGGAAAGGUGAACCUCUAUAUGUAAUUUCUCUAGCUAAUCUGAGAAAGGCUUUGUAUAGACUAAUAAUAGUAUGUGAAAUGGAUAAACAUCAUUACAGGUGGUUUCUGUUCAA